CCACCUUUGCAUACUCUAUAAAUUCAUUACACAGAGAGUCCCUCCUCUCUGUGCCUGUUGCUCUCUUGACAGUUCCAUUAGAAGGCAAGAACAAUGUCCUCCAAGCUCACCUCCCUCUUCAUAAUAUCCUCCCUCCUCUUCUUCACUCUAUCCUGCAAGGCCGCCCGCCCAGGCCCUUCAUUCUCCGAUGUCACCCCAAUGAAAAUCCAACAUGGGGAUGUUGAUGAAGCAAAGACGGUCGAGGUGGAGGAGAGCUGUGAAGGAGUUGGGGAAGAAGAGUGUUUGAUGAGGAGAACACUUGCAGCUCACACAGAUUACAUCUACACCCAGAAGAAGAAUCCAUGAAAUCAUCACAUACUUUGAUCUUCUAUUAGUCCUCAGUUAUGUGUACAUCACAAUCCUGUUCAUGUCAUCCAUAUGUAUACUACAGUUUUAGAUCGUGUAGAUUUUUGUAGUCAGCAGGCCAUGGCUGUAUUAGUAUUGGAUUAUACUGUUUGUAUCUUUCUUCUGUUUUUGUUUCCAACAGGAAAUUCUUAGAUAAAUUACCAUAUCAGUUAUUGUAACUCCCUCUGUAUUUUGGAUGCUGCAGCUUUUCAAUAAAAGUUCUAAAUUGAAUUCUACAA